AUGUUAAAAACGUUGGAAUGGAGGUCACUAUAAAUUACAGCAGACGGUGGGGGUGAAGGCAGCGGGUACAAACAGAAGGGAACAAACAACCAUCGCAAGAUUAAGAUUAGGACAUACUGGGCUAAAUUGGACAAUGCGUUGAAUUGGGAAGCGUGGCACAGGUUUGUGUGAAUGUGGAGGAGAGGAGGAGCGUGUUGAACAUGUUAUCGAGGGAGGCUAAGAGAUGAGUUGAAGAUAAGUGGGGUUCCACUAGUUCAUCUUAGAAAUGUACCCAGCACUGGAGAAAUGAAGAUCAAAGCUUUGGUUCAGUUUUUAAACGAAACAGGAUUGAUAAAGCGAAUCGAUUUCUUGAUUUUGGUACACACUGUAUGUAUGGGCGUACUCUGAACGACACUCCGGCACGGUAGGUGGCGGUAAUGCAUUUUGAACGUUUGAUGCCACCCGCCAACAAGGAGAAAAAGAAGAAGACGAAGAAGAAGAAGAAGAAGAAGAAAAGUGCGUUGUACCGAAACAGGAAGUUUGCAAACGGUCAUGUGUUGACGUCACGCGUUCCUCACGUCAGAAAAAUAGACGAGUCGAAAGCUCAACCUCGGUUUCUUCUUCGAUUUGGCCUUCAGUCGGCAGCCGCGAUGGUGUGCGGUGGUUUCACGUGUUCCAAAAACGCGCUUUGCUCCUUGAACGUGGUCUACAUGCUGGUGGGCCUGCUGCUGAUCGGCGUGGCGGCGUGGGGGAAGGGUUUCGGCUUGGUGUCCAGCAUCCACGUCAUCGGCGGCGUGAUCGCCGUGGGAGUCUUCCUCUUGCUCAUCGCCGCGGUGGGCCUCGUCGGAGCCGUCCGCCACCACCAAGUCGUGCUUUUCUUCUACAUGGUCAUUCUUUUCAUCGUCUUCCUAUUUCAAUUCGGAGUGUCCUGCUCCUGCCUGGCGAUGAACCGCGGCCAGCAGGAAGGACUUCUGAACUCUGCGUGGGGAAUGCUGGAAAAUAAGACCAAGACCGACUUGGAGAGUCAGCUCGACUGCUGCGGGCUGCUCAACGUCACCAGCCACCGAGCGCAGUUCGAGCAGGAUCUGCAGAACUGUCCCGCCUUAUGCAAGAAGAAUACUUCAUGCUACACCUGCGGGGAUAUGAUGCUGCACCAUGCCAGCGAGGCGCUCAAGAUCCUCGGAGGCGUCGGGCUCUUCUUCAGCUUCACGGAGAUUUUGGGAGUUUGGCUGGCAGUCCGCUACAGGAACCAGAAGGACCCGCGGGCGAACCCGAGCGCGUUCCUAUAGUCCGUCGCCGCCGCACUUCGUCCCCGUGCCGUUUUUGACACACCGGUACACGACGCGGAACGGACCGGCCCACACGAGAACGCACCCCACGCCUUCUUCGUUCGAGACCGGCCCCGCGGGCGCUCGCGCACGACGGGAUGACUCGUAAUACCGGUGAGGCCGACUCGCCCGUAUUGCGACCCAGCCUCCGUUUGAUGGCCCGACUUCUAGCCGUCGCCGCCCAACCCGGCAAGUGAGAAGCAUCUCACAAAUUUGCCCACGUGGGCCCGGAAAUGUUCUCAUGCACAGCAAAGGCGUCGUCCGCGACGGGGAGAAGAAGUGCCCACCGGAUGUGUGGAGCAAAAGUCACAAACUGCUCGGACUCAGCAAGGGGACGAGGGCAAUUUUCUUAAACAAAAAAAGUUUUUUUUUUUUUUUUUUUUUUUAUAUAAAUAAAAGCAAUAGAUGAGCACUUCAAACUCCUUAAAUCCUCCAGACAAUUGAUGGAUGAAGUACAUGGAGCUAUUCUACUGCCCCCAUUCUCACCAAUAACGUUCCAUUUGGGCUACAGGUGCAACAAUAGUCAAUUAAUUUGACCAUCGAUUAGUAUGUUUUGAUCUUUGAUUUAUCCUCUACAGGGCUGCAACUAACCAUUAUUUUAAUCAUUUAAUCUGUCAAUUAUUUUUUGGAUGAAUCGGAGAAAAGAAAACUUAAUUUCCAUCUCUUUAUUCAAAAACAGGACGUUAUUUCAAACUGAUAUUGAAGUAAUACAAUUGGCAAAAAUGUUGAUCAUUUUUUUCCCAUUGCCCAAAUCCUCUGACUUCAACCUCUCAAGUAAUAGUUCCAGAUUUCCCUUGUCCUCCGUCAAAGCAGACUGAUUGAAUAUCUUUGUUUUUAAUCAAAAUAAGGCAUUUGCGAACAUCGACUUUCACGUUGGAAAACAGUGGUCAACAUUUUUGCAAAUUUUCUGACUGAACUGAAUAAUAAUAAUAAUCUUUUUGUUUAACCAGGGAAGGUAGUUGCAAACAAUUUCUCAUUUACAAUGCUGAAUCAUAAUCAAUGAGUGCAUUUAAUUUAAAAAAAAAAUAUUUUUUUUUUAAAUAAAGGGAUGGAAAUUAGUUUUUCUAUCCGAUUUUAUUUUUUAAUUGCUCAUUAAAAUCAUGGUUAUCUGCAGGCUUGCUAUUCAGGUUUAGUUUUUCGGGGAAGUGACACCGUUUGAAAAGUCACGGUCAUUUUGACGUGUCCUGCAAGCUUAUUGGUGGAAGUGAACUGAAACGUGUCAGCCAAUCAGAGAAGGGCUUCCCUGAGUAGCAGACAAAACCAAAGGGUCCAGGAGCCAAUGGUCAAGUAUAUACUAGGUUUUGCUGUAAUUUGAAGGCUUUUUUUUUUUUUUUUUUUUUUUUUUCCCCCCCCUCUUCUUCUCUUCUCCCCAGAUUUUUUGGGAAUAGGCAAAAACGUUUCUUCCGGCUCUAAAAACUCAGUUUCUCCGAAACCAGUCGUGCAAUUUUCAAAAUUCAGGUUGAAGUGGCCCCGCCAGACGGACUCUGCAUUUUGGCAGACUGUCAUUUUCUUGUCACGUUGCUCCUGGACUAGAGUUUCGAUAAAUUAGUCACUAGUCAAUGGCGUUGGAAUAAUUCUGAGCUAUAACUGAGCCAGCCGUCACAAGUUUGAGCGCCAGCGGACUGCAGACCUGAUGUACAUAAAACUGAUCUUCCGUGUAGUUGUUCCUUUAGUGUUGCGCACACUGCGAUGUUGCGUCCUGUCAGGUACGUAGAUUUGCCUCUUGUUUAAGUGGAAGAAAUAGCGACAAUAUAUCCAACAGAAACUGCACAUUUUGUGUCACAGACCCACUUUUUCUUUUCUUUUUUUAGUGUGUGUUGUGAAAUGUGGUUUGGCCUCGGUUGCAGUUCUUUUUAAUCUUGUCAAUAAUUGCCCUGACUCUUUUCCAUUCAUCAGUGUUAAAUGCUUUGUACAAAUGGGUCCGUUUUAAGUUAUCUUUGCAAUUUCCUGCUAAUUUACUGACGUCGUCGUCCUAGCUUUUAACUUAUAAUGAGCGUCCACUUGAAUUGUGUGUCUUACUUGAACUUGCCAGCUUACAGCCAGUGCACAUUUUGCUGCUGCGGCGGGCCAAACUUUUCGCAGACGGGUUGCCACAUGCUGUCCUGCUCGAUAUUUACACCACAACAUUCAUUUGUGUGCACCGCUGCUUGAAAUGUAUUUUCCCCUUCAUUUGGGGACCUAAUUUUACAAAUAAUAAAACCUGAAAUUGGACCAUA